CCCCGGACCCUGCAUUCACUAUAUCUGCUCUCCCACAGUACACACAACAUCGUUACUAAACCCAGUACCCUGCAUUCACUAUAUCUGGUCUCCCUCAGACCCUGCAUUCACUAUAUCUGGUCUCCCCCAGAGGAAGAGCGUUCAAUAGACCACUGUACAUGAGGCCUAAUGCACUCUGAGAAUGUUCAUCUAUAGUGACCCUGCAUUCACUAUAUUUGGCCUCCCACAGACCCUGCAUUCACAAUAUAUACGCUCUCCCCGGACCCUGCAUUCACUAUAUCCAGUCUUCCUGGACCCAGCAUUCACUAUAUCUGGUCUCCCAGGACCCAGCAUUCACUAUAUCUGGUCU